AGAAAAGGUUGGAAAUAACAAUGUAAAAUGACUUGCUAUGCUACUAUUUAAAUUCUGAAAUAAAGCUUAACUUACCAAGUCUGAUUUAGAUGUUGAUAGGGAAUUGGGAGGGGAUGCAAAGCCCAUACUUCCAGCGAGAAGUAGAGGGAAUACCUGAAACUUUCUUAGUACCCGCUGCCGCCAUUAUAGGAAGAAGAGGCGAAGCAGAAGAAGAGGACAUCGUUUGCUUGGACGAGUCGUUUUUCAUCAAUGAUAACUACGAGCUUACCACAUUCUCCUUCGGAUCUCAAGUUCUGCAGCUCUACUGCCUCCAAUCAGCUUCCACCGAUUUUGAUUUGACAGGACAGUUGGUGUGGCCUGGAGCAGUACUCUUGAAUGAUUAUCUGGCAAAGAAUGCUGACAUCAUCCAAGGGUGUUCUGUUAUUGAGCUUGGCUCUGGCGUUGGUAUAACUGGAAUACUGUGCAGCAAGUUUUGUCAUGAAGUCGUGAUGACAGACCACAAUGAGGAGGUCCUAAAGAUCAUGAAGAAAAAUAUAGAGCUUCAUGCUUCCUCUGGGAUUUCUACUCGCUUGAAAAGCGAGAAGCUGGAAUGGGGCAAUACUGAUCAGUUCAGUUCUAUAUUACAAGACCAUCCUCAAGGAUUUGAUAUACAGUCAAGUGUUCCUCUUCUCUUUGAUACUGUGGAGCAGCUACUCAAAGUCCGAGGGGGCAACAAAUGCAAAUUUAUUUUGGCUUAUGUAUCGCGAGCAAAAAUAAUGGAUACAUUGGUCGUUGAUGAAGCUAUGAGACAUGGUUUGCAAAUAAAUGAAGUGGCCGGGACACGAUCUGUGGUAAAACAUCUUGAAGGACUCAUAUUUGAGAUACAAAUUAAGGAGUAGAAUGAAGUGUUGGUAUCCAACAUUUUAUCAUGUCUAAUCUUGCCUCUGUGUUUGAGAGAAACAUCAAGUAUAAGUUGUAUGGUUUAGCCUCUUUUGAUUUUAAGAGAGCAUAUUUAUGUGAAUGAUGAAACAAGAUUCUCUUAUGGGUAAAU